AGAUUCGAAGGGUCGACCGGUACAUAUUCGUCCGCUCAUCCUGACCUGCGUGGCGAGCAACAUUGUGUCGUUCUUUUAUCCCAACGGGAUGGCCGAUGAGGAAGCAGCCAUGCGCAAGGUCACAAAUAUCCUGGACAGGAUGAGAACCAUAAUGCUCGGCGGUGCGGUCAUUCAAUUCUCACCAAGCCUGGUCAGAAAUCUGCUCUACCAUCUUCCAUUCACAAGGAAUGGGAAAGUAGAUGCAAUAAUGAGUGAAAUGGACAACUUUGUUCGCGACCGCAAUGACAACUACAAGCCCAGCAUGAGGGACAACGACAGGCAAGGAUUUAUUGAGGGCUACACGAAAAAGAUUCAGGAGGUCAAGAUGGAAGACUUGCCCAAAUUUCAAGAGAGGUUUCUUAUAGGCAACGUGAAAACCUUCCUAAUAGCCGGAACAUUCAGCACGACAAACACGAUGCACUGGCACCUUCUCAACUUUGCCGCUAGACCAGAAAUACAAAGAAGAGUGCAGCAGGAAAUCGACGAGGUUGUAGGUUCUGAGAGGGUGCCCACGUGGGAUGACCGGAAGCACAUGCCUUAUACUUUAGCUUGCUCCUGGGAAAUCCACCGCUGGAAGCCGGCACCGCCCCUUGGAAUGCCAAGAGAAGCUAACGAAGACAUCGUGGUCGACAACUUUUUUAUACCAAGAGGGACCGUCGUCAUCUUUAAUCUGUGGGCAGCCCACUACGACGCCACUAUUUGGCGCGAGCCACAUCGUUUUGAUCCGAGCAGAUUUCUUGACAAGGACGGCUUCUUCGUGCCUGAGAAGCUCGACAAUGUUAUUCCGUUUGCAGCCGGGAAGAGGUCAUGUCCAGGAGAGGUAUUUGCUUCAAUGGAGAUUUUCCUGCUAGUGACCUUCCUUCUGCAAAAAUACCGUGUCCUCCUCGAACAGCCGCUACAGUAUGACCUCGAUGACCCUAGCAUAAGUCUCGACAAGCUGGACCAGGUUAAAGUGCGCUUUGUGGCGCGCCAUUCAGCGUAAGCUUUGAGUCUUCAGAAUAAAGAU